UUUUGCAUGAAAAAAAAUCCUUACAUGUAGUGGAAUAUUUAUUAAAUACAAUUUACUGAGUCAAAUAUCUUUCUUCAUGAAGUUUACUUGUUUGUGGGGAUUAAGAGAAAUAUAAAUUGUUAGCAAAAAGACAACAGUGAAAUAUUAAAGAAAUAUUUAUGCAUUACAGUAACAAUUUUGUUGGACAACCAUGAAAAAAAGAAUUACUCAUUCCGAAUAAGGGCGAAAAAACUCACAUCUAUUAUGUUAAGUAUAAGAAAUUGAUGUUUUUGUUAAGAUUAAUAUAAAAAUUGUGUGAAAUUUACAUAUUAAGAAGUUGUCAAUAAUAAUUGAGGAGAAUUAAACCACAAUCUAAUAUCAUUGCAAACGUGGUUGUUUUAAAUGAGAGGAGGAUGUGCAUAUUUCGAAUAUUGAGGAUUUAACCCUUUUUGCGAAAUAAGUUUCUUGUCGGAAAUGCUGACAUCACUGAUACUUAUAUGUGUGUUCUUCAUUGCUGUGGUAUAUCUUCUGGUCAUGAUUCUCAGAUAUCGAAUAAAGUCUUCUUCAAAUAGCUUAAAACGAGACCGAGGUUGGGAGAAGAAGACAGUGGUUGGGUUUUUCCAUCCAUACUGCAAUGCGGGCGGAGGAGGAGAGAGGGUCCUGUGGGUGGCUAUUAGGUCUCUACAAUUAAGUCACCCAGAUGUUCAGUGCAUCGUCUAUACGGGUGACUGCGAUGCUACAAGCCAGGAAAUCCUCGCCAAAGCCGACCAGAGAUUCAACAUCACCCUCCCGAAAUCCAUCGACUUUGUCUUCCUACGAAGUAGAAACUGGGUUGAGGCUAAGAAGUACCCGAUUUUCACCCUACUGGGCCAAAGUUUGGGAUCCCUUAAGCUAGGCUUGGAGGCGUUGGUUUCCUUUGUGCCAGAUGUUUAUGUUGACAGUAUGGGUUAUGCAUUUACGCUGCCUUUGUUCAAGUACUUUGGUGGAUGUAAAGUAGCAUGUUAUGUUCAUUAUCCUACCAUUAGUACAGACAUGUUAGAGAGAGUAUCCCAAAGGGAGGAGUCUUUUAACAAUGCUUCGGCUGUGUCAAGAAGUCCAGUUUUAACAAGUUUUAAACUAUUGUAUUACAAACUCUUUGCUUAUUUAUAUGGCUUAGCAGGUGCUAGAAGUGAUAUGGUCAUGGUUAAUUCAACAUGGACAUAUGGACAUAUUAAAUCAUUAUGGAAAAUCACUGACAAAACCGUUAUAGUCUAUCCACCAUGUAAUAUUUCAGAAUUCAUUAAAAUUGAUCUGAACAAAAAUCGAAGCAAGUCAGUAAGAAUUAUUUUAUCCAUUGCACAGUUUCGUCCUGAAAAGAAUCAUCAAUUGCAGCUUGACAGUUUUAACGAGUUUUUGUCUAAAAUUGGAGAAAAGAAAUCAAAUUACAAACUUAUUCUUGUGGGAGGUUGUAGGGACGAUAAAGACGCCCAGAGGGUGGAAAUUCUGAAGAAAUCAGCGGAAGAGCUAGGAAUACAGGACUAUGUGGAUUUCAAGCUGAAUGUCUCAUUCGAAGAUCUGAAGAUCAUGAUGAGUGAAGCCACCAUUGGUCUGCAUACAAUGCGGGAUGAACACUUUGGAAUUGGUGUUGUAGAACUGAUGGCUGCAGGGACGGUUACUCUCGCCCACGACUCUGCUGGCCCCAAACUGGACAUUCUGACCCCCUACAAUGGUCAGCCCACAGGGUACCUUGCCUUGGACAUCCAAUCAUACGCUGCUGCCAUGGAAACCAUUUUCAGGCUGUCAGAUUCACAGAGGGAAGCAAUAUGUGAAAACGCUCGGUGUUCAGUGACACGGUUUUCUGAAUCAGAAUUUGAACGUGGCUUUUUAGCUGCAAUGGAAGCUUUUGUGGGAGGUAGUGCUACCUGAUUCUACUGAUUGCAGAUAAAACUAAGUGAAACAGCUUGUCAAUCAGUGAAGCAAAGCAUGUCCAACUUCAAUUUAGCACUGGUGACGAGGACAUGUUAUUCCAACUUAACUAUAUAACAGUUACAAAAUGGGCUUGAAGUAAUGUUUGAAGUCAUUGCAACACAUUCGCUUAAUUAACUCAGUCAGUGGAAUUCAUUUUGUUGAUUUAUUUUCAAGUUUACUGACAACUGAAGGUCAAGCAUUAUUGUGACAAACAGUAUUGUUAAUUUGAUUAUUAUGGUAGAACAUUUUUAAUAAGUUUCAUUUUAAUAAUAUUUAAGUAUUUGUAAGCUGUGAUUUUCUUUCAAAAGAGGGUCAAUAUGUAUACUGGUAUGUUCUUAUAAGAGAGGUUGCAAAACAAAACUUUUACUUAUAAAUGUGGGUAUCUGUAGAUACCUGUACAAGUUUAAGUGGUUAUUAAAGUUAUUUGUGAAACCUAUGUGGUUAGAGCACUCGCUUCUCACCAAUGGGACGUUUGUUUAAUUCCCAGUCUGGGCAAAUGUGAGUUUUGUUAGUGGUCACCAAGCCGGACCAAUAGGUUUUCUUCCGGGUUCUCCGAUUUCCCCCACAACACAAGAACACACUCACGCGCAAAAUCGUGCCAAGGAGAAUGACUUUGAAUGAGUUCACUUUCUUCUCAAUUUUUGUAAAAUAAAUAAAAUUUAAACUAUCUUUUCCAUAAACAGGUACAGGCUAGCUGACCAUAGGAUUUUGUAGAUAUCAUCGCUUUCCACGUUGCUUCGAUCAGCUUACUCCCAGCUAUAGGAUGUCGAUCGCAAUAUUUGAUUGUGUCCAGCUUGCUUUAACUUUCUAAAAGUGCUCAUACCUGAUAUGACAUAUUACACAAAUUAAAUAUUACGCCUGCACAUAGCUUUUGCCAACUAAUUUUUCUUCUCCUCCUUGAAAUUCAGAGAGCUUUUUUUUACAUUUUGCUCUGUUCAAGAUAAAUAUGUAUUUGAUGUUAACCUGUUGCAAAAAGUGAAUGACGUUGUUUUAAGCAAUAUCACAUUUGUUCAAAUAAACAAAUGUUGAAUGGUUCUGUUUGUGUUUUAAAGACUGUUUAACACACAAUUUUGUUACGCAAAACAUGGGUCACCCAACAAGGAUCUUAUGUGAAACAAACAUAUUGUUUUUGUAUUUAUUUCGUCUCCUGUGAACCCAUGCUUUUUCUUAUUUUUUCUGUUAAUGAUUAAACAUCAGAUGUGAUGUUCUUUGCUUGUUAAAUAUCAUGCUGCAAUAAAAAUUUGAAUAUA